AUGUUCAAGAAAGCAGGACCAGCAGAGAAUAGUUCAGGUGUGCCCACCUUCAUGGGGCUAACAGGUAACAAGUUGGUUGCUGCAAUCACAACCACGGCCACCACCGGUUUCCUCCUUUUCGGUUACGAUCAAGGUGUUAUGUCUGGUAUCAUUUCAGCGAAACAGUUUGCAGAAGUUUUUCCAAGAGUCAGUCAAGACUGGCAGCUUGAAAACGGCUAUCAGGGCGAUCCUCAGGGAGCAGAUGAACAAGCUUCUAUUAUUCAAGCUACAUACACUUCAAUUUACGAAAUCGGAUGUCUUAUGGGUGCCGCGAGUGCACUCUUUUUGGGUGACAAACUUGGUAGAUGUAAAAUGAUGGGUAUUGGGGCACUUAUCAUGGUUCUCGGUACAAUUAUUCAGGUCACUUGCUACAAGGGCUCCACGCCAGAAGCACAAUUUUGUGUUGGUAGAGUUGUUACGGGAAUUGGAAAUGGUAUAAACACAGCCACCAUCCCCUCAUGGCAGGCUGAGACAUCCAAGUCGCACAACCGUGGUCUUCUCGUCUGUAUCGAGGGUUCUAUGAUUGCAACUGGUACCGUCAUAGCAUACUGGAUUGACUUUGGUCUUUCCUUCGUCGAUGGUGAUGUUAUGGAUGUCUCUUGGAGAUUCCCUAUCGCCUUCCAAAUUGUUUUCGCCUUCGGUCUUUUCGCCGGUGCAUUCUUCCUCCCUGACUCGCCACGCUGGUUGCUCGUCAAUGGCUACGAAGAGCAAGGAGCGCGCGUUGUCGCCUCCCUCAACAACGUCCCAAUGACCGACAAGAUUGCCAUCCAAGAAAUACAGAUUAUUAAGGACUCCGUCAAGGCGAUGUCGGCCAUCAAGGCAAAGAAGACAGAUGUGUUCACCGGUGGCAAGACCCAGCACUUUCGCAGAGUCUGGCUUGGAGCUAACUCCCAAUUUUUCCAGCAGAUUGGUGGUUGCAACGCAGUCAUCUACUUCUCGCCAGUUAUCUUCGAAGACCGUCUCAGUUUGGACCGUAAUCUCGCGCUUAUUCUCGGUGGUGUUAACGUCACUGUCUACGCCCUCUGCGCUUACAGCUCCUACUGGCUCGUCGAGCACGUUGGCAGACGCAAGAUGUUCCUGUGGGGCUCGGUCGGCCAGGGUCUUUCCAUGCUUCUGAUCAUGGCAUGUAUGAUACCACAGUACAGAGUAAACGAAGGCUUGUCUUACUCCGGGCAAGACCCUCAAGAAGUCAUCAAGGGAUCCGUCGUUGGCAUGUUCUUGUUCUUAGGUUUCUUUGGUGCCACUUGGCUGGAGCUCCCUUGGCUCUACCCUGCUGAGAUCAACCCUCUCCGUAUCCGCACCAACGCCAACGCCAUCUCCACCAUGAGCAACUGGAGUUGGAAUUUUGCUGUGGUGCAGUGGACACCUCCAAUGCUUGCUAGUAUUGAUUUCGGUACAUUUGCGUUCUUUGGUGCAAUUUGUCUUCUCUUUGUUCCCGUAAUCUACUUCUUCUAUCCAGAGACUGCCGGUAGAUCGCUGGAGGAAAUCGAUAUCAUCUUCGCGAUUGGUUACACUGAGGGUAGGACAUACUGGAAGGUCGCUGAAGAAAUGCCAAAGCUCUCUCAAGAUGAGAUCAAGAGUGAACUUGACAGAUUCGGUUUGUCUGGUAUAGACGCGGAUAUUGAGAAGAGACAACAUCAGGAUUCACCUGACGGAAGCUCUCAAGAUGGAGCAGCUAUGAAGGCGUAG